AAAAAGAAAACGAAAUAUACUUUCAUCUAGCUAUUACGAGGUGGGAACGAGAGACUUACCAGCUAUGAUCGAUUAUGUACUUAAUUGCACAAAACAAAAAACUCUACGCUUUGUCGGUUACUCGAUGGGUGCAACCGUAUUAUUUACUUUACUAUCUAUGAAACCCGAAUACAACACAAAAAUCAAAUUGGGAAUCUACCUUGGUCUACCUAUUGCUGGGAAAGAAAUACCUUCUAUAAUUCAAUUUGUACAUGAUGAAUUUUUUGACGUUAAUGAAAUAUAUGAAGUAGCCUCCUUAUCAUCAACGACCAUUACAAUUGGAAGAACACUGUGUGUAGAUAAAGCAAUUACUCAGGCUAUCUGCAUUGCAAUAUUGUCUUCAGGCUUUGGAUCCGAUCCAGCACAAUUUAACACUACAGCAUUACCCGAAUUAUUUUCGCAUGUUCCGGCCGGAAGUUCCGUGCAAUUGUUACACCAUUAUUAA